AUGGGUAGGAAGAUGCAGGUUAAAGGAAGCCUCUGGAGUUUGACAGCCCUUGCAGGGAAGAGAACCACUCAGUCCUUGGGAAUUAUUCACAGCCGUGCUCUGUACAUUCUCUGCGGGCCUAGCAGAGAAGUGGACAGCCCGGCGGCUAUGGGCGGUGAGAGAGGCAUGACACGGGUGCUGCUGGAAUGCAGUCUCACUGACAAGCUGUGUGUUGUCCAGGAGAAGCAGUACGAAGUGAUUAUCGUUCCAGCUCUCCUGGUUGGCGCCUUCCUUAUCCUACUUGGUGUCAUCCUGUGGCUUUUUAUCAGAGAACAAAGAGCCCAACAGCAGCGUCCUGGACUCCGAGGGACUGCUCCUAUACCUCCAUCUAGGAGCCUAAGCUGGGAAGCAGCAGGACACGGAGGAAAUGUGGCUGUGCCACUUAAGGAGACAUCAGUGGAAAGCUUUCUUCAAGCUACCACACCUGCCCUGGCUAAGCUGCAGGUGCCCCGGGAACAACUCUCUGAGGUUCUGGAGCAGAUCUACAAUGGUAGCUGUGGGGCCAUCUAUCGAGCCAAAAUCAACACUGGAGACUCUGCUAAGCCAAAGAGUGUUGUCCUCAAGGCUUUAAAGGAACCAGCUGAGCUCCAAGAGGUGCAGGAUUUCUUAGGGCGAAUCCAGUUUUAUCAGUACCUGGGGAAACACAAGAACCUGGUGCAGCUGGAAGGCUGCUGCACAGACAGGCUGCCACUCUACAUGGUGUUGGAAGAUGUGGCCCAGGGGGACCUGCUCAGCUUUCUCUGGACCUGUCGCCGGGAUGUGAUGACCAUGGAUGGUCUUCUCUAUGAUCUCACAGAAAAACAAGUAUAUCACAUUGGAAAGCAGGUCCUCUUGGCUCUGGAAUUUCUACAAGAUAAGCAUCUAUUUCAUGGGGAUGUGGCAGCCAGGAACAUCCUAAUCCAAAGUGAUCUUACUGCUAAGCUCUGUGGACUGGGCCUGGCUUAUGAAGUCUAUGCCCGAGGAGCCAUCUCCUCUACGAGAACUAUACCUCUCAAGUGGCUUGCCCCAGAACGGCUUCUCCUGAGACCUGCUGGCAUCAGAGGAGAUGUCUGGUCCUUUGGGAUUCUGCUCUAUGAGAUGGUGACUCUAGGGGCACCACCAUACCCUGAAGUCCCUCCUACCAGCAUCCUACAGUAUCUCCAGAGGAGGAAAAUCAUGAAGAGACCCAGUAGCUGCACACACACCAUGUACAGUAUUAUGAAGUCCUGCUGGCGCUGGAGUGAGGACAGCCGCCCCUCACCUAGAGAGCUACACUUGCGCCUAGAAGCUGCCACUAGAACUGCAGAUGACAAGGCUGUGUUACAAGUACCAGAGUUAGUGGUUCCUGAACUGUAUGCAGAUGUGGCUGGCAUCCGAGUAGAGAGCCUCUCCUACAGCUAUAGCAUCCUUUGA